AUCAGAGCCACCCACGGGCAUGAGCCCCCAAAAUGUUGGGGCUGAGCUGUGGGCCCCCCUCCCCAGGCCAGGAGUUCAGCAGUUUCCUAAUGGGGAAAGGCAGGUGGGAACCCCCGCGGUGCAGCAUCCCCACCAGGGACCCCCGUGGGGUCAGCCAGGGGGCUCCUCUCACAGCCACCCUCCCAGCCCUGCAGAUGACACCGUGCUGGUGGUGGCCGCAGGGAUUGGGGAGCUCUGGGGGGGUGGGGAGGCACCACUGGGGACAGGGGGGUCCUUAAGCCCAGCUCAGGAGCCGGGGGGGACACGGGGUGGAAAGGAUGGGGGCUGCUGGUGGCGGCGGUGACAUCCCAGGGUCUGGGGGACACGUGGUGCGGGGUCCCCUAUAACGGUGCCUCCCCCCCAUCCCCUGCAGCUCACCAUGGCCGACCAGAGCAACAUCCAGUCGGCGGCCUCCAAGAGCAUCCGCCCCUUCCGCUCGAGCGAGGAAUACCUGGAGGCCAUGAAGGAGGACCUGGCCGAGUGGUUCAACGCGCUCUACGACCUGGACAUGGCGGCUGACACCUUCCUGGAGGCUCUGGCCACGGGCUGCGACCUCUGCCAGCACGCCAACAACGUCAACCGUGUGGCCUUGGAGUUCCAGCAACGGCACCCCGAGGCGGCCGCCCGCAUCCCCCGCAACGAGGUCAUCUUCCAGGCCAGGAACGUGGCGCCCGGCUCCUUCGUCGCCAGAGAUAACGUCUCCAACUUCAUCCGCUGGUGCCGGCAGGAUCUGGGCAUUCAGGAUGUCCUCAUGUUCGAGACCAACGACUUGGUGCUGAAGAAGAAUGAGAAAAACGUGAUCCUCUGCCUGCUGGAGGUGGCCAGGAGGGGCUCUAAAUUUGGCAUGCUGGCCCCCAUGCUGAUCCAGAUGGAGGAGGAAAUCGAGGAGGAGCUGCGGGACCAAACGUGUGGGGUGCUGGGAGCGCCCCGGGGCGGCCAGGUCCUGCGCCCCGAGUCGCCUGCAUACCCCGGGCAGGCACAGCGCGUCUCCCUGUGUGACCUGAGGAACCUGGAUGAGCUGGUGCGGGAGAUCCUGGGCUGCUGUACGUGCCCAUCCCAGUUCCCCAUGGUCAAAAUCUCAGAGGGUAAAUACAAAGUGGGAGACUCCAACGCGCUGAUCUUUGUUCGAGUGCUGAGGAGCCAUGUCAUGGUGCGUGUCGGCGGUGGCUGGGACACACUGGAACAUUACCUGGACAAGCACGACCCAUGCCGCUGCUCCUCCCUGUCUCACCGUCUGCCCCCUGCCCGCACCCUGGCCUUCUCCCCACCAAAACCUGCCGUCAGCAGUGCCAGUCCCGCACCCCACGCCCCCAGCCCCAGCACCCCACGCCGUGCUGACAUGACCGGCCUCGCGGACAAGAGGCCGCCAGGCUGGGGGGACAUCGGCUACAGCAGGACAGAGCGGGGCAGCACCCCAAAGUCUGCGCCUGGAGCCGUCCUGCCCCCCAGGGCCCCCGCCAGCCCAUCCAGGAACCCCGCCAGCGCACUCAGGUAGGGCUCGGUGUCUGUGGGUGCUGUGGGGAGGGGGUCCCGCUAUCACCCCCCGGCCUGAGCUGUGACACACAGCGGAGCCAUUGAGUCAGCUGGGACGGGGGGGGG